AUGAUCAACGGCUUCGAGGAAUGGGCGACGCCGCUGUCCGAGUGGUAUGGAAUCGAACAGCUCAGCGGCGCCGUUGUAGCCAUCGAGGCUGCGGACUACCUCAACAGCCUCAUUCGGAACCCCAAUACUAUCGAGGCACUUCUGCCAGCGCUCGGCGGUCUUCCUUUCUCGCUGCGUGGUUAUGUACUCAAGGACGUCAGCAUCUUGAGGAGCCAUGGCAUAAACCCGGUAUUCGUCUUCAGCGGUCUCGACGUGGGCAAGGACGACAACAAGCGGGAUGCUGCGUUCCGCGCUUCGGAUGAGGCUGCGCGCAUCCAUGCCAGUGCCUGGCUCCAAUACGACCAGCACAAGCCAGAAGAAGCCGUCAAAACAUUUAAGGAGUCGGCGGUUGUGAAGCCUGAGGAUCUGUUCAGAUACCUCCAGAAGAUAUUGCGUGAGGCAGGAGUACCAUUCAAAGUUGCACCAUAUAGCGCAUUGGCUCAGCUAGCGUAUCUCGACAAACAUGCCGGCAAAUACGUCGACGCCAUCGCUGGAUCAACCGAGCUGUUCCUUUACGACGUAGACAAAGUGAUAACUGACCUUGGGUCCCGAAUGGGUCAGAUUGUUGCGCUGCGGAAGCACUCGUGCAUAACGGAGUUGGGCAAUAUUCCUUCCGAGGUGUUUGUGGACGCGUGCUUGCUCUGCGGAAACGCCCUCAUACCUCCGAUCCCGCAGCUUGGCGUCAACUCGCGUCGAAACAAGCCGAAGAUCCAAGCGGCUGUCGAUUUGUUGAUGAAUACUCCGGGCCGCGACGGCAACUCUGUAUGCUCCAAUUACCAGGACGACCCCCAAUUCCGGGCAAUGCAAUAUCAAGACAAAUACCGACGCACUCGACUCGCUAUUAAGCACCAUGUUGUCUUGACUGCUGAGGGCAAGGCUGUGCCACUGGACGAGCAAGAGGCGCCGCGUGACGUUCAUGAGUUGGUCGGCCAGCAACUGCCGGAAGAGAUCUACUUCUAUCUUUCCAAGGGCGUCAUCGGUCCGAGAGUCUUAAACUGGCGCUCGUCUGGCGAGAUCAUUGAGCUAGCGCCGCUGGAUGGCGGCGACUCGCCGGAGUACCGUAAACUCGUUCUCGACCAGCUCACACCGUUAAGGACAUCCGCGCUAUCACUUCUCUCAUACUCCCUUCACCGCUUCUACCAACACAAAGACGUGACUUUGUACUGCUGGUUCGAUCAGGGUACUAGCAAGGUCAUCAGUAUGAGGGACCUCACAGACCCCAGACCGUUAGUUGCAAAGUGGAACGUCAACGCGGACCUCAUCCAGAAGCAUGUCUUGGCAACACAAUCCUUGGGCUUGAUCGGGAGUACGGUAUGCAGUCUCAAGAACAAAGAGUUUGCCAGCCAGACAAUUACCACUAAGGAUCCUCAUAACCUCCUUGCAACCAAAAACGAGAUCAUGUGCAAUGCAUUUUGGCGCUUCCUCCAGCUCCGAGAGUACACAGACACGAAGCACCAGCUGACGCCUUGGGGGGAGGUCCUGGAGGCGGCAAUCAGCGCACUCGGAGGGCGCAGUGAGCUCGACGAAGCAGUGUUCAUUGCAAUUGAACUUGCCCGACUGGAACUACUGGGUGCCAAGGACAUGUUUCCUCAAAAUGCCGGCGCUUCGCUACAUGCCGACAAGGUUGAUAGGCGAAACACGCUUAUCGUCUCCCGAAUCGCCUGUCUUGGCAAGCUCAGCCAUGCGCCGAUUGGAUACACCGGACCACUGAGCAGGCAUCUGCUGGCAUACCACUCCAUGAUUACUGCCGUGCGCAGCAGUCUACGAGACCUAGCGGAAGUGUCCCUGGUAACGAUGCUGCUGAACGGAGAUGCCCACCGCGGCGAGCUGCCUCACGGACGCAAAGACUACACCGACCUCGGACUUGAGCUUCCCUUCCUACUCGACAACGAUUGCGGACUAGGCAUUGCCGUCCAGACAUACCUCGAUGAGCUACAGAAGUAUCCCGACCCUACUUCUGCUGAAGCCCGCGCUGCGAGCAAGGGGAAGGCUCCCAAAGACUACUUCCCGCAUGCUAUCGAUCUGUCUAGGGAUCUGGACUCUGCGUUUCUUCUCUGGGAUGCUGUAUAUGCGGGCAUGAAGAAGGCCGUCGAGCACAAAUUAGUGAAGGAGGGUUCCAUGUGGGAUGAUGUCAACAAGUGGCUUGCGAACAGGAGAUGA